GAAAUGUCGACAUAAUUGAAGACAUUUUAAGGCUACAUAAAAUCAACAGCUUCAAUUUGACAUAAUUUCUUAAAGACUAAGCCAAACCUUUCAAACAUGUUGGCAGAAACUACCAUAUCAAGAUACAGGUCCCAAGGAUAUAUUCGAUGUUAAAGCGAUAAAUAGUUUGGAGGCAUUGUUCAAUAUACGUCUCAAUGUUGAAGGGAAAGACAGGAUUAGUCUGAACAAAAAUUUGGAGUUAGGUCUUAGGCGAGAUGCCAAAAUGGUGACUGUUUCUUUGUUGUUUGCUUUUAAAAAUGCAGCCGAAACUAUCCCACUAUGUGUAAAGCUCUCAACCAUCCUCGGCAGUACUCUUUGAAACGAGCCACAUGCUUUGUUCAAACCUUCAAACAGCUUUUCCUGUUUUGCACUUUUCUUCUUUUAAACCCACCGCUAAAUUGUUGUUUUGUGUCAUUAAUGUGAAUGACUACUCCCUCGGUUUCGGUUUUGGUUUUUUGUACCAUUUUUUAUCCUCUUAUUUAAAUUGGGUGUUUGAUAUUUUGCGUCGUCAGUGCACUGAUAGAGGCAUUGUUUUUUGCAGGCUACUUUUCCCAAAACCUGAGACUUUCUUCUCAGUGUCUUCGGUUUUUGAUUGGGAAUUAUAGGAUUCUGAGUCAGCUCCGAUGGAGGUCUCUCUAGAACUUGUAAAUGCACCAUUUGUCAUUGCUUUACGAACGUGGAUUUCCUUAGACAUUUUGAAACGUAGGAGACAUGAUCAUGAUAGUGAUAGUGGCAAACGUAGAGUAGGGAGAGAAGUAAGAGUCGUUACUCUUAUAACUGUUCUAUCUAAUGUUGUAAUCUCUAUUUUUUACUUGGGUUUUGGGUUUUAUAUUUACUGGAAUCGUGGAAUUGUCUCUACCAAACCCUUCUGCUCAGCUAUCACUUGGUUUCUAGCAAGUUUAGUUACAAUCUAUUCAAAGAACAGAACUUUCAGGGGGCAGAAAACAUGGCCUUUAGUCCUAAUACUAUGGUGGGUGCUUUCCUGCAUUUUUGUUUCACUUUCAGUAGCUGUUUACCUUAUCCACCACUUGAAAUCCAAAGAAUUGCCUUAUCCUUUGCCGGAAGCCAACGUUGUUGAUAUUGCUUCGUUGCUAUUGAUACUGCUUUGUUGCUGUCUGCCUCUUGCUAUUAGCAAAAACAAUGAUCUUGAACAUCCAUUCCUCCACAGGGAGGAUGAAAAUUCCUCCAAAGAAGAUAGUACUUUUACUAAUGCUAGCAUUUGGUGCCAACUCACAUUCGGAUGGCUAAACCCCCUUCUUGAAAGGGGUCGAAUUGGAAAACUUGAAUUGCACCAUAUUCCUCCAGUUCCAGAAUCAGAAACGGCAGAUAAUGCCUCAUUGUUGCUGGAAGAAUCACUUCGAAAUCAGAAAACAGAAUCUUCUUCGUUGCCAAAGGCAAUAACCCGUACUGCAUGGAAAUCCCUUGCUGUAAAUGCGGUUUUUGCAGGACUUAAUACAAUUGCCUCCUAUAUGGGACCCUUCCUUAUCACCAGCUUUGUGAAUUUCUUAUCGGAAAAGCAUGAUGGUUCAAGUUACCAAUAUGGGCUGGUUCUUGCAUUUAUCUUCUUCUUUUCAAAGACUGUGGAAUCACUAACUCAACGACUGUGGUACUUCGGUGCUCGGAGAAUUGGAAUAAGGGUUCGUGCAGCUCUCACAGUAUUGAUUUACAAAAAAUCUCUGUCAACUAAGUUUGUUGGUCCCAGCAAUGGUAAAAUCAUAAAUCUCAUCAAUGUGGAUACAGAGAGAAUUGGGGACUUUUGCUGGUAUAUUCAUGGAGUGUGGUUGCUACCUAUCCAAGUCUUUCUUGCCUUGGUAAUACUGUACAGGAAUCUGGGUGCUGCUCCUUCCAUUGCUGCUGUCUUUGCUACAAUUUUGGUGAUGGUGAGUAACACACCAUUAGCCAACAGUCAAGAGAGACUUCACUCCAAGAUCAUGGAAGCUAAGGAUUCAAGAAUAAAAGCAACAUCGGAGACUCUAAAAGGCAUGAGAGUCUUAAAACUCCACUCAUGGGAACCCACUUUCUUGAAGAAGCUUAUUCAACUUAGAGAAACAGAGAGAAACUGGCUUAAUAAGUAUCUAUAUACAUGCUCAGCCGUUGUUUUUCUGUUUUGGGCCUCACCAACUCUAGUGUCAGUCAUCACAUUUGGUGUCUGCUGUUUGUUAAAAACACCAUUAACAUCAGGAACAGUACUUUCAGCUCUAGCAACUUUUAGGAUUUUACAAGAACCUAUACACAAUCUUCCGGAGCUCAUUUCCGUGAUUGCUCAGACAAAAGUCUCACUUGAUCGAAUUCAGGAGUUCCUUGGAGAAGAAGAUCAAAGGAAGUUCAUACCUGAUUGUGGUCCAAAAGCAUCUGAUGUUGCAAUUGAAAUUGAGACUGGGGAAUAUACUUGGGAAACAAGUAGCCAAAACUUAGAGAAGCCAACCAUCAAAAUCACAGAGAAGAUGAAAAUAAUGAAAGGUUACAAGAUAGCUAUUUGUGGCUCUGUUGGCUCAGGUAAAUCAAGCCUACUUUCCAGCAUACUAGGUGAGAUCCCUAGGAUUUCUGGUGCAGUUAUUAAGGUUUAUGGGAAAAAGGCUUAUGUGCCUCAGAAAUUUUGGGUUCAAACAGGCACUAUCAGAGAGAAUAUAUUAUUUGGGAAGGAUAUGAAUAAUGCUUUCGAUGAAAAAGUUCUUGAAGCAUGCGCCUUGAACCAAGAUAUUGAGAUGUGGGUUAAUAAGGAUAUGAGUGUUGUGGGAGAGAGAGGGAUGAACUUGAGUGGAGGCCAGCAGCAGAGGAUUCAGUUGGCAAGGGCUGUCUACAAUGAUUCUGAUAUUUAUAUCCUAGAUGACCCUUUCAGUGCAGUUGAUGCUCAUACAGGAACACAUCUGUUCAAGAAAUGUCUCAAAGGAUUGUUGUCUCAGAAGACUGUCAUUUAUGCUACACACCAAUUGGAAUUUUUAGAUGCAACAGACCUUGUUCUGGUGAUGAAAGAUGGUCUCAUUGUUCAGUCAGGAAAAUAUGAAGAGUUGAUUGGUGAUUCUGAUGGUGAACUCGUUAGGCAAAUGAAUGCUCAUAGAAAAUCACUAGACGAAGUGAAACCACCCCAAGAAUACGAUUCCUUGACAGCUGGACCCUGUCAGAUAAGUCAAAUUGAAGUCAUAGAAGAAAAACAUGGAAAGCCCAUCUGCUAUGCAAAGCUCUUCGAAAGGAGUCAAGAAGAAGAAACAGAAACUGGUCGUGUCAAAUGGAGUGUUUACUCAACCCUUGUCAGUGCAGCUUAUAAGGGAGCACUUGUUCCUGUCAUCCUUUCCUGUCAAGUUCUCUUCCAGGUACUACAAAUGGGUAGCAAUUACUGGAUUGCUUGGGCAACAGAGAAAAAUCACAGGGUAUCAAGAAAACAGUUAAUAGGCAUAUUUAUUUUGCUGUCUGGUGGAAGCUCCAUCUUCAUACUGGGAAGGGCAGUUUUGCUGGCAACUAUUGCGGUGGAGACGGCUCAACAUCUUUUCCUUGGAAUGAUAACAUCAGUUUUCCGUGCACCCAUUUCGUUCUUUGACUCCACUCCUUCAAGUGGAAUUCUCAAUAGGUCUUCUACAGAUCAAAGCACAUUAGACACAGACAUUCCUUACAGAUUAGCCGGACUGGCAUUUGCUCUAAUUCAGUUGUUAAGUAUCAUCAUUCUUAUGUCCCAUGUCGCCUGGCAGAUCUUCCUUCUCUUCCUUGCCAUCCUCGGAAUCUCCUUCUGGUAUCAGACCUAUUAUAUUACCACUGCUAGGGAGCUAGCAAGGAUGGUUGGAAUUAGAAAGGCUCCUAUCUUAAAUCAUUUCUCUGAAUCUAUCACAGCAGCAACAAUCCGUUGUUUCGGCCAGGAAGACAGGUUCAUGGAGAAAAGCCUGAGCUUAAUUGAUGAUUAUUCUCGUGUAGCCUUCCAUAACUAUGGCACAAUGGAGUGGCUGUGUGUUAGAAUCAACUUUCUUUUCAACUUUGUCUUCUUCCUGGUGUUGAUCAUCCUACUUAGCCUGCCCAGAUCCGCUAUCGACCCCAGCUUGGAAGGAUUGGCAGCCACAUAUGGUUUGAACUUAAAUGUACUGCAGGCAUGGGUGAUAUGGAACUUAUGCAAUGUUGAAAACAAAAUGAUAUCAGUUGAGAGAAUUCUUCAAUUCACAAACAUACCAAGUGAAGCUCCCUUAGUGAUCGAGAAUUGCAGGCCAAAGCCUGACUGGCCAACAGAAGGAAGAAUUGAACUUGAAAACCUUCAGGUUCAAUAUAAACCUACUCUCCCUAUGGUUCUUAAAGGUAUAACUUGCACAUUCCCCGGAGAAAAGAAAAUUGGAGUUGUUGGCAGAACAGGGAGUGGAAAGUCCACUCUAAUCCAGGCUCUCUUCAGGGUGGUGGAGCUCUCAGGAGGACAGAUUAUUAUUGAUGGAGUAGAUAUUUCUACUAUUGGUUUGCAGGAUUUGAGGUCUAGAUUGGGCAUAAUCCCGCAAGACCCAAUAUUGUUUCAAGGAACUAUAAGGACCAAUCUGGACCCUUUGCAACAACAUACGGAUCAAGAAAUCUGGGAGGUCCUCAAAAAGUGUCGUCUUGCGGAUAUAGUGGGGCAGGAUCAACGGCUUCUUGAUGCUCCAGUAGCUGAAGAUGGAGAGAAUUGGAGUGUUGGACAAAGGCAGCUUGUUUGCGUAUCUAAGGUGCUCCUAAAGAAAAGGAGAAUUUUGGUGUUGGAUGAGGCCACAGCUUCCAUUGAUACAGCCACAGAUAAUGUGAUUCAAAAGACAAUAAGAGACGAGACAACCAGAUGUACUGUCAUCACUGUGGCACAUCGGAUACCAACUGUUAUUGACAAUGUUGUUCUGGUUCUUGAUAAGGGGAAAAUUGUAGAGUUUGAUAUGCCCCGGUGAUUACUUGAGGACAAAUCUUCUUCAUUCUCAAAGUUGGCGGCUGAAUUCUUGAGAUCAUCCAAGAACAACCAUAAGAAUCUGUAUUGAGGAUGGACAGAAAUGAUACAUGGACGGCAAACAUGUGGAAGGUAUCUAAUGGUGUAGUAUGUACCAACACGAGAGCUUUUGGGCACCUCUAUUAAUGGAAGAGCCCCCCUAAAAUAAACUCACACCGCUAGCUGCUGCUCGCUCACAAGGUAUUUUUCAGUAACAGUUUAAGCUACUGCAUGCUCUCUACCCGUCCCACGGUUAAUGAAUACAUAAAAGGGAUACCUGGUUCUUUUUAUCCUUGUUCUGGAGCUGAUUACCGGUCUCUCUUGUCAGUGUGGGAUGAAUGCUAUCAUCCUUGUUUUCUAACUGUAACCAAUAUUUUAAUA